CUGGAGGGGACCGUCGGCAGCUUGAGAAUGGCUGCGCGGAAGAUGGAGACCGCCACCACGGUUAUCAGUCUGGUGGUGGUGGUGCUGGCUUCCUCCCAGGCUGCGGCGCAGAGCAACGGCUGCUCCAGCGUGAUGAUGACCCUCUCCCCGUGCCUUGACUUCAUCUCGAGCAAAUCCCUGGUCCCAGGGAUAUCCUGCUGCUCUGUGCUCGCUGGAGUCGUCCAGUCUGACCCCCGGUGCCUCUGCAUGGUCCUGGAUGGCAGCGCCACGUCCUUCGGCAUCUCCAUCAACCAGACAAGGGCGCUGGAGCUCCCUGGAGUCUGCAAGGUCCAAGCACCACCGAUCAGCCAAUGCACAGGCGUUCCAGCACCUACACCAACACCUUCCAGAGAGCCAGCGGCAACAGAGGAGGAAGCAGCUGAAGCAGCAGCAGACGGGCCUUCAGGUGAAGCCAUUGUUCAAGUGAAAUAUGCAGUAGUCUGUUUAUUUCAUCUCGCUCAGUAUGCUGAAGACAUGAAACGCAACCUCGAGCUCCACAAACCUGAAGAAUGCAGCAAAUAUAAUGGCCACAAUGCUUAUUCCUGCUAG